ACAACGUUACACAUUAUGUGCCUGCGAGGCGCGGGACCUGCCCUCUCCACUCCCUCCGCAAAGCCCCACAAAACGACCGUGCCCAGCGGCAGGCGCCCUCAGAGCGAGAGGCGGAAUCGGAGGCCUGCGCAGCCUGACUGAUUGCCAUAAAUAGGUGCAGAGCAGACAUGGCCACCGCCGUUCAAUGUGUGACCUUAAACACCGGGCAGAAAAUGCCCCUCGUUGGUCUGGGUACCUGGAAGAGUGCCCCGGGUCAGGUGAGGGACGCCGUGAAAUACGCCCUCAGCGUCGGGUAUCGGCACAUUGACUGCGCAUCUGUUUACGGCAAUGAAACCGAAGUGGGCCAAGCCAUCAAAGAAAGCACCGGACCCGAAAAGGGCUUGAAAAGAGAAGAAAUAUUUGUUACCUCCAAACUAUGGAAUAAUAAACACCAUCCUGACGACGUGGAGGGAGCUUUACGGAAGACUCUUCUGGAUCUCCAGCUGGACUACCUGGACCUGUAUCUAAUGCACUGGCCGUACGCCUUCAAGAGAGGAGAUAGCACCUUCCCACAAAAUCCUGACGGAUCCGUGCAGUAUGACCUAACGGAUUACAAGGACACCUGGAAGGCGAUGGAGAAACUGGUGGAGAAAGGCUUGACGAAGGCCAUCGGUCUGUCCAACUUUAACAAGCGGCAGAUGGACGAUAUCCUCGGCGUUGCUGCUGUAAAGCCGGCUGUGCUUCAGGCAGAGUGUCACCCGUAUCUCGCACAGAAUGAACUGAUAGCCCAUUGCCACGCCAACGGCCUGGUGUUUACCGGGUACAGCCCCCUGGGAUCACCCGACAGAAGCUGGAGAAAACCCGAAGACCCCGUUCUGCUGGAAGAACCCGGCGUUCUCUCAAUGGCAAAGAAAUACGGCAAAUCGGAGGCGCAGAUCCUGCUUCGGUGGCAGGUCCAGCGGAACGUUGUCACCAUUCCAAAAAGUGUCACCCCUUCCCGGAUUCAACAGAACCUUCAGGUGUUUGAUUUCUCUCUGAGCGACGAAGAGAUGAAGGAAAUAGGAGCUCUGAACAAGAACUGGAGAUAUAUCAUUCCGCUGAUCACCGUGAGCGGAAAGUCAGUUGCCAGAGACGCCGGGCACCCCUUUUAUCCAUUCAACGAUCCGUACUAAAUGGGCGCAAUUAUUAUUCUGUGCAGUACAUCUUUUUAUGAUCCAGAGGUGGUUUUUUUGUUAUCUUAGUGCUGUCAAGCCAAUAAACUCUUUGCUGGGUGA